CUCAGGCCUGUGACGCCCCCUCUGCCCCCACCAGUGUCCCCUCGUCCCCUAUCCCUCUUCCGUGCCCGUCCCAAACAGGACUUGACGUGAUGGCUGGUCAAAGGCUAUUCAUAGACGUGGACAACGUCGACUGCUUCUAGCCUCGCCGUCAACGCGACGCGGUGGUUUGAUGUCUCGCAAUCACCAAUGAGCAUGUUUUGGAUGGUAAGCCUGGGUCAACGUGAAUCCACUGUCGCUCGCACUGGCUGUCGGACACGCCACUCGAGAGGGGCCAUCAAUGACCGUGUCUUCGACACUUCUGACCGUUCUACCCUUAGCCACUGCAUGUAUCGAGCAGACCUUGUCGCCCGCGCCUGUCAAUGUACGGGGUGGACUGUGGUCGACAUCAUGGUACCCCAGAAUCGGCUUGGAUGGUCCGCAGUGGCCUGGGCUGGGAACCUGCUCGUGGCUAUGGCUCUGAAAACUCGGACUAAAUAUAUCAUGGCCUGCCACUCGUUUGGUCAAAGGAGCCAGUUUCUUGCUCAAUCGUCUCUAUACAUACACUCUCUCAGCAGUUGCGGUGGGAUAUUUGGUCUGUUGCUCGCAGACUUGUCAUUCUUUGAACCCUCACCACUCGCUUCAUUUGCUUAUUGUCGUUCUCUAGUCCAACCUCAGUACACUCAUUCAAAGGUGGAUUCACUCUCCUAAAACACUCUCUUUUACUGCUUUUGACAAGAUGACCCAAAUCUUUAUUGGCCUUCUGGCCAUCCUCAGUCUAACUCUGACUGUUUUCUCAGCCCCGACGUGGCCUUCAUCCUUCGACGAGCUCGAAGAUAUCAAAUAUCUCCACGAUGGCUACAUGUCACGAGGCUUCGCCUAUGGUGUAACGCCGUGUUCAUUCGCACGGACGCAAGGCAGAUCAGUUGCUGCUGGGUUUCUACGAACCGCAUUCCACGACAUGGCAUCUGCUGAUGUCGCUGCUGGCACCGGUGGCCUCGAUGCUUCGAUCGGAUUCGAACUGGCUGGACAAUUCGCCUCUGCCAACAUUGGCCCUGGCUUCAACAACACCAUGGUCUACUACUCUCGUUUCUUCAAUAGCCAGGCAUCAAUGUCGGACCUCAUCGCGCUUGGCGUCUACACUGCCGUGCGAAGCUGUGGUGGACCCGUGGUUGAGACUCGAUCUGGUCGUGUCGAUGCUACACAAGCUGGUCCGGUCGGUGUUCCUGAUGUGCGAGACUCUGGCCCGGUCCUCGGCGCUGCUUUCCGAAGAAUGGGAAUUUCUCAAGAAGAGUCAAUCCAGCUGGUGGCCUGUGGUCACACUCUAGGAGGUGUUCACAGCACCGAAUUCCCCGCUAUUGUUCCAUCGAACUCGUCAGUGCUCAGAACCGCCGAUUUCGACUCGACUAAUUCCACCUACGACAACAAGAUCGUCACCGAAUACCUUUCUGGAACCACCAAGAACCCUCUUGUGAUCGGACCAGAUGUUGCUGCGAGGUCUGACUUCCAUCUGUUCAAUUCCGACCGCAAUGUGACCGUCACCAAGCUCCAAGACCCUGCCGUCUAUCAGACUACUUGUUCGCAGGUGCUUCAGAAGAUGCUCGACACUGUGCCACGUGGCGUGGUUCUGACAGACGCUAUCUCUCCCUACGAUGUCAAGCCGUAUGGCCUCCAGCUUAAUGUGGUCGAUUCUGGUGAUGAGUUGUCCUUCACUGGUCAAGUCCGCAUCAGGACCAACGAUCUUGCAAAGGCCAACAUCCAAAAGGUCGAGCUUCAAUACAAGACUCGCGAUGGUUCCGACGGCGGCCUGAUUUCGACCAACGCCACUGGAGAUGCCAACGGAAUCGACGAUUCAUUUUCGUUCUAUGGUUUCGACACCAAGAUCCCCGCCAACUCUGCCAUCUCUAGCUUCACGGUUGUGGUGACGUUGAACUCCGGUGGCACCAAGGUCUUUGACAACAACGGCAAAGGAUAUCCCGUGUCAGACGCUAUCUUUGCCCAAACCGCCAAUUCAGCCUUGACUGCUGCCAGCGGGACCGGUGUUCAGAAACUCAACAUUGUGGCCGCCGUGCGAAAUGGCCAGUCUCCCACCGACUUGGCUCUGACGUUGACGACCAUCAAUCCCAUGACAUUCAACAACCUCCCCACGGUGGCCAAGCAGACCGUCCAAUUGGUUAUGUCAUGUGAAUCCAAAUACUACACAUUCUACACGGCCAGCUCCGAUGUCUUCACCAAUCAAGUCAACACAACCAAAUACGACGUGAGCUUCAAAGCUACCGACGGAUCCAUCAAGAUCGAUGGCUUCAAUAGCAUCAACACACUUCCACCAACGGCACCAGCAGUGGUCUGCGGAAGUGCAGUAUCAUCGACAACAACCACAUCAACACCAACCUCGACCUCCAGCUCCGGAAGGACGACUUCGUCAGCUUCAGGGUCAUCAUCAUCAUCAUCACCCACCGGCUCCGGCCCCGUCAACCCCACGAGCUCUGCCAGCGGCAGCAUUAUAACCAUCACAGGACAGAUCACUGCCAUUGUAACAGGCACAACAGUGACUACCGGGUCAGGAACUGACUCCGGAUCAAUCAUCACCAUCACCGGUCCCAUGAGCACCAUCACCGGACCUGUGACGCUGACAACUGUGGUUGACCCAGGUGCGGGCAGCAUGUUGACCAUCACAGGAGCAAUCACGACUCUCCUUCCCGGAUCUGGCACAGAAUCAGGGUCGAUGAUGACCAUCACUGGCGUCAUCAGCACCAUUACCGGACCUAUAGUGGAGUCGACAUCCGUGGUGGCUCCCGUCGACAACAACCCCAAUGGGGCUGAUGACAACGGUUUCAUCUACCCUCCUCCCACCACCACCGUUGACAACCUCGUCCCCAUCGCCACCUUCACCGGCGCCGCCCCAGCCACCUACAGACCAGCGGCAGCGCAGGGACUGCUAGGCCAAGUGUUCACACUAAUGGCCCCCGCUAUCCUCGCCCUGGCGCACGUCUGGUAGAAAAAGGGCCCAGCAGCCUGAGCCUGAGUCUAAGCCUGGGGCUGGGGCCGAGUGUAACAAAAGAAUGGGUUUUCAUGACAUGACAUGACAUGGUUGUUUCCCCCCUCUCUUUACAUUGGGGGCAGCGGGUUGGUUCAUGGAUGGCGCGGCGUCUUUUUUUGGGGCUGGUCAUGGUCAUGCACGGCUGGGUAACCGUGCGUGGCGCGGGCUGGCGGCGGCCGGGGCUUUGUUUCUGGUCUUUUUCUUGACAGUCUUGUAUGUCAUCAUCUAUGCACAGUCUGCUAUUUUUUUUAACUCUAGCCUCCUGCGCAGUUCAGGGGUGCUUCAAAUAAUGGAUGGGCCGUCACGUGUCACGCGUCGCUGACGUGUUGGAGGCGGAUGUCCGUACUAUAAUAAUGCAUAUGUACUAGGUACCUACGGAAGUACGGAGUAUGUGGUGGGGCGGGUAGGGCCUGGCUGGCCCAGAAUAGGUACUUAGGAAGUCUCCUGUAUGUCUUUUUUACCUGACAUCUCCUGUUGUGUGAACAUGGAUCGGAGAGAAAAGGAGGAUGGGUGGUGUUUGCCCCUCCACUCAACUCACCCUAUCCUUCAUCCAAGGUAGUCAUGAGAAACUUGAGUAUACCUCUGAGAUCUAAGGUAGACAUCUAUCUAUGAGACAUGCUCUUACCUCUAUAGAUACUUACCUAUUAAUGAUAUAUCCACCCAAUCUAUGCGUCGCACGCAACAUGAAG